AUGAAGCUCUCCAGCAUUGCUUCGCUCCUAGCCUCGCUCGCCAUGGCCACCGCGCAGACGUUCGCCCCUUAUACCGACACCCACGGCAUCGAGUUCUGGCAAUCCACAGUCGACACUGGCAUCGGCGCCGGCACCCUCGAAUGGGGCAUGGCCCUCCCCGCCGCUACCCAAUCCGACUACACAAACGAAUACAUCGGUCGACUCGUAGUACCCAUCCCGGAGACGGGAACAUGGAUGGGCUUCUCCCACACCUCCGGCAUGACAAACUCCCUCAUGCUCGUCACCUGGGUCUCCGGCAGCAAAGUGAUGACCUCCUUCCGCUACGCCUCCGGCUACGUGCAGCCUGAAGUCUACACGGGCAACGCCACUUUAUCCGUAAUCGACUCGAACGUCAAUGAUACGCAUUAUUCUCUGACGUAUCGCUGCGAGAACUGCUGGGUUUGGGAAGAGGAGGGUGUUUCGGGGAGUCAGGUUCCCAAGACGACGAGUGCAGCUGCGCAGCUAAUUGGGUGGGCGCAGGCUACGGAGGCUCCUACGGCGCCGGAGGAUGCGGGCAGUGGGUUUAAGCAGCAUGAGAGUGCGGGUAUCUUUGCGGCGACGGUGGGCAGUGCGAGGAAUGAGGCGUAUACGGAGUGGAUUAGCCUUGCUACUGCGACUGCUUCGUCUGGAUCUGGUGGGAAUGGUAGUGCUCCGUAUCCGACUGGAAACGCUACCGCCAGUGCUACAGGGACUGGAACGGGGUCUGUGGCUUCUACGACUGCGACUGCUACGGCGGCGGCUUGUGCGACGGACAGUGCCGUGACCAGCCAGACGUGGGACUAUAUUGUCGUCGGCGCUGGCGCUGGCGGCAUACCCAUUGCUGAUAAGCUCUCCGAGAGCGGUGCAAGUGUUCUCCUCAUCGAGAAGGGACCGCCAUCUUCUGGUCGCUGGGGCGGUGCAAUGAAGCCGGACUGGCUAGCUGACACGAACCUCACUCACUUCGACGUUCCUGGCUUGGACAAUCAGAUCUGGCAGGACAGCGCUGGUAUCGCUUGUGACGAUGUAGGAGUCAUGGCUGGGUGUGUUCUUGGUGGUGGUACCGCUGUGAAUGCUGGUCUAUGGUGGAAGGCGAACCCAACGGACUUUGACUACAACUUCCCCGAAGGGUGGAAGAGCGCCGACAUGCAACCUGCGAUCGAUCGGACCUUUGAGAGGAUCCCGUUCACGAGCUGUCCUUCGACGGAUGACAUUAUCUACCAGCCGCAGGGAUAUGAUGUUGUGGCUGGCGCGCUAGUAGCGUCUGGCUGGAGCAAUGUCACAGCUGAUGAUGUCCCUGAGCAGAAGAACUUCACUGUCUCGAGGCCGAAUCAUAUGUUCCAUGGUGGUGAGAGGGGCGGACCGAUGGCGACGUACCUGGUGUCAGCGAACGAGCGGGACAACUUCAAGAUGGUCACUGGUACUUCUGUUGCUCGUGUGAUCCGCGAGGGUAGCCACAUCACUGGCGUCGAAGUUGAAGCCUUCCUGUCGGGUGGCCAGUGCGGUACCAUCAGUGUCACUCCUAAUACCGGCAAAGUCAUCCUCAGCUCUGGAGCAUUCGGCACACCAAAGAUCCUCUUUCGAUCUGGCAUCGGUCCACAAGAUCAACUGGAGAUCGUCAGCAAAGCAGAAGGCGGCAAGAUGAUUAGCAGCGCAGACUGGAUCACUCUUCCUGUCGGCCACAAUCUUGACGAUCACACGAAUACCGAUAUCGUCAUUACCCAUCCGAACAUCACAGCUUACGACUGGUACGGCGCGUACGAUAGCCCUAUUGUCGCCGACAAGGACAGCUACAUCAACAGCCGCUCUGGCAUCCUGGCCCAGUCGGCUCCCAACCUCGCAGCGGUCUUCUGGCAAGAGAUCGAAGGCGCCGAUGGUAUCACUCGCCAGCUCCAGUGGACUGCCCGCGUCGAGUCGAGCCACGGGAUCAAGAGCAACAACUCCAUGUCAAUCUCUCAAUACCUCGGCCGUGGCUCUGUUGGUCGAGGUAGGGCUACCAUCAACGCUGGUCUGAACAUGGCAGUGUCCGAGGUGCCAUACCUUCAGAACGACGACGACAUUGCCGCUGUCAAGGCUGGAAUCGAGACGCUAAGAAGCGCCCUCGCAAUCGACCCAGCAAUCAAGGUCGUCUACCCACCAACGAAUCAGACCCUGGAUACCUUCUUGAGCGAGUAUCCUCUCACAACUUCGUCGAGAUCUGCAAACCACUGGAUUGGUACAGCCAAGAUGGGUCUUGACUCUGGACUUGUCGACAACGGAACCGCAGUUGUCGACACAAACACGCAGGUCUAUGGCACUGACAACCUCUUCGUUGUCGACGCGUCGGUAUUCCCUGGCAUGGUGUCAACAAACCCAAGCGCCCUCAUCGUCAGCGUGGCCGAGCAUGCUUCCGAGAAGAUCCUCGCUCUGGACAAUGCUCGCUCAGUCAACAGUACCGCUCCAGCAAGUCCUACGGCAAGCAGCAUCUUCCCAGCAGCCUCAAGCAACGGCACCACUGUCAUACUACGGACAGGCACAGCGUACCCGAAUGCCUCAGGUCCUUCAGUCCCCUUCUCCUCCGGCCAAGCAAGUCGGUACGAGCAAUGCGGCGGCUUAGGCUUUACUGGUCCCAGUUCAUGCAAGACAGGGCUGCGGUGUGAGGUCGAGAACCCUUACUAUUCUCAAUGUGUACAAUAG